AUGAUCCUUAAAGUAUCAUUUUUAUCCUCUCAUUUAAAAAAAACAUCCUCUCUUUUAUCUUUCAAGAGAUUACUUAGAUCUAUUGAAUGUGGGCGUACAAUUACUUUCUCCAAAUAUCUUUCUACAAAUUGUCAUGAAAGCAAAAGAAAUAUCAAUAAUAAUAUUAGCAUAAAAGAAAAUAAAACAUUUAAAGAUCGUAUAUAUACAAUACCUAAUUUAUUAUGUGGUAUAAGAAUUCUUUCCACUCCAUUAAUAGGUUAUUUGGUUAUCUAUGAAGCAUACCAACCAGCAUGCAUUUUAUUUAUUCUUGCUGGUGUUACAGAUUUUCUGGAUGGUUUUAUAGCUAGACAUUGGCCUUCUCAACGUUCAUUGUUUGGUUCAAUAAUUGAUCCUGUUGCUGAUAAAUUUCUUGUUUCCGUUCUAUUUGUUACAUUGACCUAUUCACAAUUAAUUCCAUGGCAGUUAACUACAUUAGUUUUAAGUAGAGAUAUAAGCUUAAUUAUAGGAGGAUUUAUUAAAAGAUAUCAAAUAUUACAGAAACCAGUCACAUUUAAAAGAUUUUUUGAUCCAUCUGUUGAUCCAGUAAAAAUGUUGCCAACUUUUAUCUCAAAAAUUAACACAACUCUCCAAUUAUCUUUGGUGGCCUUCAGUUUGGCAGCUCCAAUAUUUGAUUUUACAAAUCAUCCAGCUUUAACAGCAUUAUGUUGGAUAACAGCAUAUACAACUGUCCAUUCUGGGCUUCAGUAUAUUGGAGGUAAAGCUAUGAAGAAAGUUAAUCCAAAAAUUUAA